UUUGCAUUCAACCUCAAUAGGGGAAAUAUCUCUGCGGAACUUUAACCAACUCUAUUUUCUCAAAAUGAAAUUCUUCGCUGUUUUGGCCAUUUUGGCUUGUGUUGCUGCCAGUGGUUUGGCCUGUGAUGCCGAUGAGAACAACAAGCCCACCUGCGCCACAGAUAAUGUGAAUGUACCAAUUCGCAACUUCUGGGAUCCUACCGCUUAUUGGCAAUGCAAUGCCAGCAGUGGUCAACCCGAGUUGGUACAUUGCCCUGAUUCUUACUUGUUCGAUUCGGCCAAGGGCCAAUGUGUUAUUUGGAAUGAAUGGGAAUGGACCAAUCCCUGCCCUGCAAAUAACUAAUGUUCUUGAAAUGAUGUCUUGAAUAAAAACCGAAA